CGAUCCUGUCGAACGCGAAGAAGCUAUCAAUGGAGCUGCCCCCGGAUUUCCUGGUUGGAGCGGCCACCGCUGCUUAUCAGGUCGAAGGAGGAUGGAACGAGGAUGGAAAGGGUGAGAGUAUUUGGGAUCAUUUAGUACACACUCAACCAGACUCUAUUAAUGAUAAGACAAACGGUGAUGUUGCCUGUGACUCCUAUCACAAGUACAAGGAGGAUGUAAAACUUUUGAAGGAUAUAGGAUUUCAGGUAUACCGUUUUUCCAUAUCCUGGACUCGAAUUUUGCCCCAAGGAGACACGAAUAUUGUCAAUCAAAAUGGAAUUGAUUACUACAGAAAUCUUAUCAACGAGCUCAGGGCAAACAACAUCAUUCCAAUGGUGACCAUGUAUCAUUGGGAUUUACCACAAAAGCUACAAGAAUUGGGUGGAUGGACAAAUCCUAUUAUAGCUGAUUACUUUGAAGCCUAUGCGAGAGUUUUGUACAAAAAUUUUGGUGAUCAGGUGAAAUGGUGGAUCACAAUUAAUGAACCCCUUGAAGUUGUAUCAGGCUACUCAGAGAAGAGGUAUGCCCCAUUUUUAGAUUUAUAUGGAAUUGGAGACUACCUUGCUGGACACACCUUGUUACGAGCACAUGCAAAAGCGUAUCGAUUGUAUGACAAUGAAUUUCGCGCUAAGCAGAAUGGCAAAGUUGGCAUAACCGUGAAUGGUAAUUUCUUUUUCCCACAGAGCAAUGAGACAGAAAACAUCACAGCAGCAGAAAGAGCUCAACAGUUCGAGCAUGGCUGGUUUGCACAUCCAAUCUUCAGUGUUAGCGGUGAUUACCCACCUAUCAUGCGACAACGAAUCGACGCUAACAGUGCCAAAGAGGAUCGAGCUCGCUCGAGGCUUCCCAGAUUUACUGAGGAAGAGAAAGAACAGCUGAAAGGUUCUGCUGACUUUUUUGGUUUGAAUCACUACUCCAGUAGGAAAGCCUAUUCUGGAGAAAUAGGGCCCUCUCCUUCACUUGAACGGGAUAGUGGCGUUAUCAAGACUAUUGAUAUUCAUUGGGAGACAGGAGAACUUCCUUGGUUGAAGGUUGUGCCAGAAGGUUUGAGAGGUAUUUUGAAUUGGAUUCGAACAAGUUACAACAAUGUGCCUGUAUUUAUCACUGAAAAUGGUUAUUGCGACCUUGGGCAGCUGGCUGACGAUGACCGUGUUCACUACCAUGAAAGUUACAUCGGGGCGAUGUUGAAAGCAAUUAAAGAAGACAAAUGUAACGUAAUAGGAUACUGUGCUUGGUCUCUGGUAGACAACUUUGAAUGGCUGGAAGGAUACAGGCCAAGAUUUGGUGUAGUUCACAUUGAUUUCAACGACACCGAAAGGAAAAGAACACCUAAAAAAUCUGCAGAAUUUUUCAAGAAACUCAUUAACGAUAGGAAAUUAAUUUGUAAGUGAUUAAUUUUCUUUGGUUCCAAAGGUUUGAACGAUUGCCUUCACUUUAAUGAUUCAACCAGCUUUGUAAUCGAAGGGUCCAUCAUAAAUCAAUUUCCCAGGUGCUUUCAAUUUCCUCCCUACAGGCCAUCAAAAAUCAAUUUCCUAAGUGCUUUCAAGUUUCUCCCUAAUUUUUAAGAUUGAUAAAAUCUUGAUUUUAUUUAGUUUUAAGGUCAAGGAUCGUUAAUUUUUUCCUUAUACAAUGCAUGAUUAAUUUCUACUUCAUGUCAUUUGUAUUUUUAGUCGGUAUCUUUGUGCAAGCAAUUUCUAAGACUGAUCAUGGGUAUUGGUUAUCUAGUUAUCAUUGUUGUCGGUUUUUCAGUUUCCUCGAAAUUAGUUCUUCAAAAUCGUUCCCUUCAAGGCAGGAGUGCAGAAAAUGUCUAAUCCUGUAUAUCCUGGCAUUAUACAUAAUUGAAGAAAAUUAUUUAAUUAUCUUCUUUCAGGGUAAAUAUCACAAAUGCCAUGCAACAUUGCCAAAUUUUCUUCGACAUUUUAAUUUUUCGUAUAAAAACCAUUGGAAGAGUUCGUUUUUUAAUUUUGCUAAAUUUUCCUCAUGCUCCUCGUGAAAUUUUUCAAGCUUUUCAAAGAAAUUUGACCAAUCUUAAUAGUUCUUGGUUAAAGGUAAAAUUUCAGGAGAAAUUACAAAAGAUUGUUCAUAAAUAUUAAUACCCUUUUAGUAGAUAGAACAUUUUUCGGUGAAAAUUUUGAAGUAGAAUGGAGAUUCUUCUGUGAGUUAAAAUUAGAAAAUAGGUAUUUUGGAUAAUUUUCCAUCUUAUUCUUUGGAAAGGAAGAAUUAGCGAGUUUUUUCAUCCAAAUAAAGAGAACAUCUUCAUAUUUUUUUAAGAGAAUUGAUCUCCUAAGAGGAGGAACUUCCUGAUCAUUGAGAUCUUUCAAAUUUCUUACCAGUUUAAUGUGUAUGCAUGGUAAAAUUAGUGAUUUUUUUAAAUAUAUACAUCAUUUUAUACCUUUCAUAAAGUAUCAUUCCUUAGUUUUGAUGCAUCGAAGCUUAUAUUUUUUCACAAAUUUAUUUUAUUACUUAUUAUUAUUUUUUUAAAAUUUUUGUAUUUAUUUUUCUUAACAUGUGAUUAGUGGCUAUGUCAACCCUAGGUACGAAGAUAAUUGUUCAAUAUGAAUUUGUGCCUGCAAUGACUGAGGAGAAUUGCCCAAGGUCAAGUACCAAUAAGAGAAUGUUUGAAAACGAUUGAUUUCUGGGUCAAAAUUGGAGGAAGCUGUCCGAUAGAGCUGUAACAAAGUUAGUUCUGCGUCCACUGGUUUGUACUAUCAGUGGAUCAGAAAUUCUCCCAGAGCCUACCCUCAAGUUUACUGAAUAUUAGUCGGAAUCUCAAAAUAUUUUAUUUUCCGUCCCCUAUAAAGGGAUGCAAGAAAUGAACUCAUGGAGCACUUUAGACCAGAAAAUUGGACUACACGGGUCAUUUCCAAGGGGACUGGCUUGGUUUCAGCUCAAUCGGACAACUUUCGAUUUUGACCCUCAAAAGUAAGUCCAUGUACAAUGUGCACUCCGUUCGUCUUGUCACCGCCUCUUUUCACAUAAAAAGCCUGCCAAAAUGAAA